UGUUUCUUCGACUUUUAUCUCCCUCUUCUUCUCCAUCCAUUUUGCUGUUGCAACCUGAGCUUAGUGGAAGAGUCUAGCUGCUUCUUUUCUGUUGGGACAGCUCCUAAGGCAAGUUUCCUUAGCCCCCCUCGGUAUUGAGUUUAUAUAUACAUAUGUGUAUUUGUCUACUCUGUUCUAUCGCAUAAGGAAGCUUUAUAUAUAUAUAUAUAUAAAUCUAUACAUACACACAGUCUUAUUGAAGGCACAGCUUCACCCCAUCCUUUUCCUGUGAAUGGCAUUUUCUUCCUAUUACAGUGAAGUUUUAUUUAAUUUCACGGCUCUCUGUUCAUGAGUUAGUAUAUAUAUAUAUAUAUAUAUACAUGUGCAGCUACACUCAUUAACUCAUUUAUGUAUGCACUAUUUUCGGUUGCCUUGCCUUGACCAGGGAGCAAACGUGACCCAUUUAUAAGUAUAUUCAUAUAUAUAUUCACUUCAUUUGCAUGCCCCUGUUCUUCUUGACCCACCUAUAUAUAUAUAUAUAACAGUCUCAUUGUUGUUCCAGCUGACCCACUUCCAUAUACACAUAUAUAUACGUAUAUAAAUGCUUAGCAAAGGGGUUGUGGAAGCUUUCUCUCUUCUAUAUGCAAACAGUCCUUAAAAAUGUGUCAAACCCACUUGUAUAGAUAUAUAUGCAUACCAGUAGAGAGAGAAAGUGAAUGCAUUAAAACUCAAGGGAAAAAUAUGGUCUCAGCUUAUUUUAUGUUCAAAAAAAGAAUAAUUUCCUCUCAUUGUAAAGGAAAAUUUUUGAUACAAAAGUCUCUUCUUAUUUUUCUUUAAUAAUAUUUACUUAUAUAUCUGUCUAUAUAUAUAUAUAUAUACAUACGCACACACCCAGUUCGCAUGCCCAGCCCAGUUCAUAGUUGGAAACCCACACACACAUGUAUAUAUAUACAUAUAUAUUCAAAGCCCACUUAAUAAACAUUCAAGGCCCAAUUAUAUAUAUAUUCAAAGCCCUUUAGAUAUAUUCAAAGUUCAUUUGAUUGCCCCUGCGUUACACCUUAUCCUUACCACAUGUUCAUAUAUAUUUAUAUAUAUAUAUAUAUAUUUAUAAUAGAAAGUAUAUUAUAUGAUAGGUGAUGUCCUAAAUUUUAAUAGCUUAAGGCACAUGUAUAAACAUAUACACAUAUAUAUAUAUAUAUGAGUACUUGUUCCACACUCAACGAAUUGUAAAUUUUAGUAAUUAAUAUAAUAAGUUCUUGAAUAAAUUAUUGUAACAUGUACAUAAUUGAUGUGAGUGAAAACAGGAUUGUGGGAUGGGCAGGAAACAUUUGUAUAAGCAUAAAAAAAAAAAAAUUUAUUAUGCGAUGAAAUUCCAUAAUAUCUAUAUAUAUGAAAAAAAAAAAAUGCAUGAUAUGUUCCGUACACGUUCAGCAUGUGCAUGUUAUGAUACUUUGUAUUAAUUAUCUUUGCGCACCUAAUAUUUUGCGCGGAGGGAAAGGGUACCCUAGAGCACCUGGCGCGGGACGAGGUGGCCAUAGCCCGACAGGUAAAGGAAAGACCGUUUUUGGGGGCGAGUCCAGUGGGACUAAGGCCCAGGGAUAGGGGUGUACGGAGAAGCGUCCUAACUUGAAGAUCCUAUUUAGCAUUUUGGUGAGGCUUGAUGAAAUGAUUUUUAUUUUGUUAGUUAAUAUUAGAGCCUCUUAAUUAUUUUGUAUGGCCUUCGAGCCCCAAACUCAUGAGAUAUUAGGAAUGUAACUGAACCUUAAUUUAGUCUCCGCUGCUAGUAAAAUGAGAUGUUUAUUUAUUUAUGUUUUGUUCUAUAUCAUCUCUGUGAUGACCUCCUUUCGAAUAUCCUAUGCUAGCUGGAAUAUUCGAGAGUGGGCCCUUACAAUUUUGGUAUCAGAGCAUAAGUUAGGAAGUGAGAGGAGUCUCUGUACACCUAGGUAUGGGUAGAGUUAGAAUUGUGUCUAAUGGUCUGGUAAGCCUAAGUUAAGAUGGAGUACUAAAAGGUCGUUUGGCAUGCAGGAAAUGAGUGGACGACGAGGAAGACCGCCGACCCGUGCCCGAGGCAACCGGGCCAUCCCUACUCCAGUUCCUAGACCCAUUCCUGAGCCUGCACCUAUUCCUACCCCUACACCUCCACCUGCACCGGCCACUCCAGCGGAGUCAGUGGCAGACUUGCGCCAGGAGGUUGGUGAGCUGAGGGGCACCAUGGCUGCCUUGUUGAGGCACUUUGAGAAUUUUAUGGCACACCAGGGAAGGCAAGAGCAAGUACCACCUGGAGCAAGGAAUGAACCAGGCCUGAAUGAGAACGUUAAUGGUCAGACUUCAAAUCCAGUGCCACAGGAGGUGGAGCCCCAUGGAGUGGAUGGCAAUACCGGGAGCCAAUUGGUACGAAAUUUCAUGGCACUAAGACCUUCAGAGUUCCGUGGAGGGACCGACGCCUUGGCAGCAGAGGAGUGGAUGAUGGCAAUGGAGAAACACCUCAGGACGAUAGGGUGCAGUGACACCCAGAAGGUACAGUUGGCUACAUAUCUAUUUCAAGGAGGAGCCGAGAGGUGGUGGGAGACAGUUCGACAGAGGUUUGUGGGCAGGGAGCCAUCAUGGGCGGAGUUCAGAGAGCUUUUCAAUGCCAACUACUUCCCAGCUUGGGUCCGAGAUCAGAAGACAUAUGAGUUUAUUGAGCUGACACAGGGCAAUAGGACGGUGGCGCAGUAUGAAGAGGAGUUCAUCUCUCUGGCACGAUUCGCUCCUGAGUUGGUAUGUACCGAAGAAAAGAAAGCAUCCAAGUUCCAAAGAGGUCUGCGAGUGGACAUCAGAUUUCACCUAGCUGGUGCACAGAUCACGGAUUAUGCUACACUAGUGCAGAGGGCACAUAUCAUAGAGAAGGAGAGGAGUGAGCUAAGGGCUGUUCAGGCAGCCGCUAGGGGGUCAGGUUCAGCUCGGGGGCAAGGCAAUGACAGGAAAAGGAAGGGAGCACCAGGGUUUUCUGGUAAUGUAGCUGACAUUCCUCCCUGCACCACUUGUGGGAAGCGACAUCGAGGUGUAUGUAAGGCGUGCUACGGUUGCGGGCAGUUGGGGCACAUGAAGAACGAUUGUCCACAAGGGAAAGGUAUUACGGGCAGUAGGGAGGUGACUUGCUACCGGUGUGGAAGAAAGGGGCAUACGUCUAACGUUUGCAGACAACAACCACAACAAGGAGGACAGAGAUAUGGGAACCAAGGCAACAAGAUGGGACAAAGGCAAUCAGUGCCGAGACUUCAGGGGAUAGCACCACCAUUGGCACCGCCACCAGGACAGGGCACCACAGACAUUGGUCGACCCCACACCCAGGGACGAGCAUUCGCUUUGACGUCAGCAGAGGCAGAGAAGGGAAAGGACACUGUGCAAGGUAUUCUCUCCCUAUAUGACAUUGAUGUGCGUGUUUUGUUUGACACAGGGUCUACACAUUCAUUUGUUGCACCUAGGAUCGUGUGCCACAUUCCAUUCUCUAGUACAUUGUUGCCUAAUUAUUUGAUCGUGUCUACACCGGGAGGAGUCGAAUUAGUGGGGAGUGAAGUCUAUAGAGACUGUAAGAUUAUGGUGCAUGAUAAGGAGUUACCCGGGGAUUUGAUAAUCCUAGACAUACAUGAUUUUGAUCUUAUUUUGGGCAUGGAUUGGUUAUCCCGACAUUAUGCCAAGGUGGAUUGUAGAUGUAAGGUUAUCCACUUUGAGUCACCCCAGCAGCCAGUCAUAUCGUAUCGAGGCAUUAAACCGAUGAGUUCCACACCUAUGAUAUCAACGAUGAAGGCUGAAAAAUUGAUGCGGCAUGGAUGUGAAGCAUAUUUGGCUUUUGUGACCACGGGUAAGGAGAACAAUACAGAACUAUCAGACAUUCCAGUAGUCUGUGAGUUUCCUGAUGUAUUCCCUGAUGAGUUGCCAGGGUUGCCGCCACUGAGGGAGGUAGAGUUUUCCAUAGAGUUGAUGCCAGGAACCCAGCCAGUUUCCAAGGCACCUUAUAGAAUGGCCCCGAAUGAAUUGAAAGAAUUGAAAGUGCAACUUGAGGAGUUGAUUGAGAAAGGAUUCGUUCGCCCUAGCGCUUCACCUUGGGGCGCUCCGGUCUUGUUUGUGAGGAAGAAGGAUGGAUCCAUGAGGUUAUGCAUAGACUAUCGCCAGUUGAACCAGGUAACGUUGAAGAACAAGUACCCUCUUCCCCGAGUUGAUGAUUUGUUGGACCAGCUACGUGGAGCCUCAGUCUUUUCUAAGAUUGAUUUAAAGUCGGGGUAUCACCAAGUAAGGGUUAAGGAAGGAGACAUUCAGAAGACUGCAUUUCGUACUAGGUACGGCCACUACGAAUUUGUGGUCAUGCCAUUUGGGCUGACGAAUGCUCCGGCUGUCUUUAUGGAUUUGAUGAAUAGGGUUUUCAGGGAGUACUUGGAUCGUUUUAUCAUUGUGUUCAUCGAUGAUAUUCUCAUUUACUCGCCGAGCUUGGAAGAGCAUGAGAACCAUCUCAGGUUAGCCUUGCAGAGACUUAGGGAAAAGCAAUUAUAUGCCAAGUUUAGUAAGUGUGACUUUUGGCAACGACAGGUGGGAUUCUUAGGGCAUGUGGUAUCCGGUGAGGGUAUUUCAGUGGACCCUGAGAAAGUGAAGGCAGUAUAUCUAAUAAGCACUCACACACUUAAAGUUAAAUAGAUUUUAGCUAUAAUACACACUUAAAGUUAAAUGGAUCUUAGCUAAAAUACA